GCCGGCUAGAUCCCGAGGCGAGGCUCGCGCUCCCGCCCCCGCCCCGGCCCCCAGCGCCCACCCGGUCGGCCGGCCCAGCCAUGAUCAAGGCGAUCCUCAUCUUCAACAACCACGGAAAGCCGCGGCUCUCCAAGUUCUACCAGCCCUACAGUGAAGAUACACAACAGCAAAUCAUCAGGGAGACUUUCCAUUUGGUAUCUAAGAGAGAUGAAAAUGUUUGUAAUUUCCUAGAAGGAGGAUUAUUAAUUGGAGGAUCUGACAACAGACUGAUUUAUAGACAUUAUGCAACUUUAUAUUUUGUCUUCUGUGUGGACUCUUCAGAAAGUGAACUUGGCAUUUUAGAUCUAAUUCAAGUAUUUGUGGAAACAUUAGACAAAUGUUUUGAAAAUGUCUGUGAACUGGAUUUGAUUUUCCACGUAGACAAGGUUCACAAUAUUCUUGCAGAAAUGGUGAUGGGGGGAAUGGUAUUGGAGACAAACAUGAAUGAGAUUGUUACACAAAUUGAUGCACAAAAUAAACUGGAGAAAUCUGAGGCUGGCUUAGCAGGAGCUCCAGCCCGUGCUGUAUCUGCUGUAAAGAAUAUGAAUCUUCCUGAGAUCCCAAGAAAUAUUAACAUUGGUGACAUCAGUAUAAAAGUGCCAAACCUGCCCUCUUUUAAGUAAAAAAUUUAAAAGGCCACUCCCAGGUAAAAUCCAGGGGGAAAAGACAUCUAAGUUUACCAUGCAGUUGUUUACCAAAAAUAGCGGAGGAGAGUCUUAACUUUUGCUCUUGGAUUUAAGUCAAGGUACUGUAUAGAAAGUUGUGUAAAAUCAGUAUGAAAGAUCAAUGUUUCUUUUCUUUCUCGGUGAUUUUAAAGAAAUUGAGUAGUUACUAUGUGAUUUUUUUUUCUUUUCUUUUCUAAACUGCAUUCCUAUGCCCACCUAAGGCAAGCCUCUAUGUAUUGGCUACUACAGUAUUUCGAAAAGUGUUUGAGGUUUUCUUUAAUUAUGUACAACCUAAAAUGGUGUUUUGUAUGGAUCACAAGUACAGCAUUCCUUAAUUCCUUCUGCUGUUUGUCACAAAAUUGUUAUUUAAAAAACCAAGUAUGUAUUGCAUGAAAACAUUAUGACCUUUUUCUCUUAGUUUAAAUAAACUCCAAGGUAACUGGACUUCUAAAGCACCUUUCUGUUUGUCUGAUAACUACUUUAGCAAUAAUUUUUUUUACAACCCUCUGACUCAACAAAGUAAAUAAAAAUAUAUUUUAUCACUGUU